AUGAAUUUGCUGAACCUGGAAAACGACUGCCACUUCUGGGCUCCUGUUGAAACACUUCAACAAAUUGACCAAACCAACUGCAACAUACAGCACAAUUGUCUCGAUAUCAUCAACAACAAUACAGGAUCGAACUACCUCAGUCUAUCUGUCUUGGCAUUAACUUUGAGCUUCAAAAAUUUAAUCAACAUCGAUAUUUCCAACAAAUCUGUUUCUCGUUUGCCCACUGAUAUAGGUAUUUUACGUUCGUUGGAAUCACUCGACUGCUCUCAUAAUGAACUUCAAGAGCUGCCAAGUUCCAUAGGUCGACUGAUUAAACUGAAGUGUUUGAAUUUGUCUGACAAUAAAAUUUCAAGAUUGCCAGACAGUGUAUGUUUUUUAAAAUCAUUAGAAUCAUUUGACGUGUCGAGGAAUUGUCUGACUCAUCUGCCCGAUAGAUCUCUCUCGUUAUCUGAACAUCUGAAAUAUUUUAAUUGCAGCUACAACCGUAUAUCACAGAUCACAUCAAUCAUUCGACCGUGCAAACAUUUGAAUACAAUCGACUUUAGUGCAAAUUCACUUGAAGAGCUGCCUUACUGGAUGUUUGAGCUCGCUUCUCUGAAGGAAUUGUAUCUAGAUGAAAACUCUCUCAGCUGCAAUAAGCUAACGGGUCUGCCAGCUAGCUUCUGUGACCUCAGGCUGUUGGAACACCUGGACAUCUCUUACAACAAAAUCGCAAGCUUGCCCUUUAAGUUUGGCUCUCUGACAUCUUUGAAGGAGUUAAUGCUGAAUAAUAACCAGUUGUAUGAAGUGCCCGGUUCAUUUGAAGAUCUCGAAAGCCUGGUGAUGUGCGAUCUCUCCCACAAUCAGCUCUAUUAUUUCCCCGAUGUCUUCAUCUAUUGCUGCCUCAACCUUCGCUAUCUAGAUCUCUUUUGGGUAACUUACCCUUCAUUAUUAAAUUUUUAUAAUUUUAAUUUUAUCAAAGUAUUCUAUAAAUAA